UAAGGCUCCAGGCCUGGGGGUGCAUUACAUGCCAGAAAAGGGUGGGUUCAAAGAGCUCGAUGUAGUGCAUAUCCACUGAGGGUUUAUGUUCUUCUAUCAGUAAUAACAAGGAGCAUCCUCAUAAAGAUCAUGCACAUCACACGUUUGGAACCUGGGUUUUAUCAACAACCGGAGACAUCGGGUAUUUUACUGCAUCUAGGUAUUGGGAGAUAGGAUGUUCUAGGUUGCCUGUACCAUUGGACUUGAUGAGUAACCGCUUUACCAUCUGCCAGCCAGACAGCCAUCUCUGAAAUGGAACGUGCCGGGAAUAUUAAUGGAAAUUUUUAUGAUGAACAGGAGAGUGUCCAGAAUGGUGAAAAUGAAAAAGAUCCCCAAGCUCCUUAUUUUGUGGAAACCCCUUAUGGUUAUCAACUAGAUCUGGACUUUCUUAAAUAUGUGGAGGACAUACAAAAGGGAAACACCAUCAAGAAAGUGACAAUUGUGAAGAAACGCAAGUUGAUCCCUCAGUUUUCAGGAGGCAGCAAUCCUUCCAAACAGGAAUGUGGAUGGCCCUCAACAGAUUCUCUUUCAUCCUCCAACAGUGAUGAAAAUAAACAGUCCCCUGCCUUGAUAGCCAGGAGACACACAACUUCAAACUCUGGAAAACGGUCCAACUCCCAAGAAGCUUCUCCGAGUUUCCUAUCUAUCCCAGAGAAUAAUCUUUUACCACCGUCUUCUCCCCAACUUCCCAAACACAACUUUCAUGUUACAAAAACACUAAUGGAAACUCGAAGGAGACUGGAACAAGAAAAAGUGAUCAUGCAAGUUGCUUCAUCCUUCAAUGAUGUGCGAAGGCCAAGGUUGGCUAGUUUUAGUGGUAUGGGAUCUACUGGUUCCCUGUCAUCUUUUACUGGGUCCACAGGGAAUGCUGCUCAGCAGCUGCAGAAUGGUUACCAGGCCAAUGGGGAAAAUGCUGCCUUUUUUGCUUCAUCUUUAGGAAGCUCAAUCCGUCACAGCCCUUUAAGUUCGGGAGUAACUACCCCUGUAACCAAUGUCAGUCCCAUGCAUCUCCAUCACAUCAGAGAGCAGAUGGCAGUUGCACUUAAACGUCUAAAAGAACUUGAAGAACAGGUCAAAACUAUUCCCAUACUUCAGGUAAAGAUUUCUGUAUUACAGGAAGAGAAAAGACAAUUGAUAUCUGACAUAAAAAGCAAAAAUGUAAGCCAUCAAAAUGACACAACAGGGUUCCGCAAACGAUCAUACAGCGCAGGCAAUGCUGCUGGGUUUGAACCACGCUCCCAUGUCAAAUCCAGAGGGGAGUUGCAUAUAGACUCUGAUGAAGAAAUGGAGACACCAGAGCAGAAUUCUCAUACUCUUAAAGAGUUUAGACAACUGACUGCUGAAAUGCAGGCUUUGGAAAAGAAAAUACAAGACAGUAAUUUUGAGACUUACUGUGAGCCAACCCAGGUCAAAAAAAACAAAACAAAAGAAAAAUGUUGCAAGUCAGUGGCUGUUGGUACAGAUGAAAACAUGAAUGAUACAGUUAUGCAUCACAUGCCAGUGAAAUCAAACAAUGAUGCCUGUGUAGGGACUGAAAUUGUCUUGAAAAAUAUUGGGGUUUUGGUGACUGAGGAGCUUCUUGGGGUGACUACAGAGGCUGAAAAAGAAAUCGAGCUUCAGCAGCAAACAAUCGAAGCACUUAAAGAUAAAAUCUAUCGUCUAGAAACAGACUUAAAAGAAGCGACUUAUGCCGUGGAGAUGACCAAAUUAAAGCUUGAGAUACAAGCAGCAGGUUCAAGGAAAAAAGCAGACAAAGCAGUUAUGGUCCAGCCCUCAACAUUCAGCAGGUCUGUGGAAGCUAUCGUAGAACUUAGAGACCAAAGCACUGGAAAUUAUAUAGAUGUAGUAGAUACUUGCGUGGGUAGCUGUCUUCAGAUAAGUAGCAUUGGUGUGUCAUGCAGACCUACCCUUCAGCAUGUGGCUGUAGGCUCCGACUUACCAAUGAAUCACUGGAUUGUAAAAGAGACUGUAAACACAUGUGAUGUUGGCACUGGGAGGGACCUCGAGUUAUGUGACAAAAGUGUUGGUGUGGACAAGGAAUCCUAUGAAACUGGGCUUAUCAUAGAGGAGAGAUUAAACCACUUGGACCUGAAGAAGAAAAACCUGGAAAUCAAAGAGGUGAGAUCCGUAGGCUGUGGUGAUUGUUCUGUAGAUGUUAAUAUUAAGCCUUUGAUAGAACUGUUGUCACGUGGGGUGAAUACAGAGUUUGUGAACAAAGUGGACUCUGCUGUUACAGUGUCCCCUUGGACAGCUACCCAGCAAACCAACACUGAAAUGGAGUUGGCAAGCCAGUCCACCAACACUGAAGUGCCACGGCUUGUAGAUACAAGCACCAACACUGCCGUGAGUAUGUAUAGCAAGCAAACAAACACGGAAGCUGUGGAGAUGCGAUCAGUUGCUAUAGGUGAUGGGAAAGUGAAGGACAUUAACGCUUUACCAAAAACACGUUCCAUUGGCAUUUGUACCUCAGAUUCAAACUUUGAAAAUACACCUUCUGUACCCAAGACCAAAGAUUUUGGAGUAGGUCAGAUAAACAUUGCAGAUAGUUUUCUGAUAGGCGUGAAGUUGCGAAGCAUAGCGGUCGGUCCCAGUGAAUCUGUUACCCUCCAGUCUGACACAAGGAGCAUAGCUGUUGGGGAAGAUCCCUUAGAGCAGCAACAAGCCAUUACUUCAAUACAGGCCACGGAGCCCAAAUCAGAGUCUCCUGCUGCUUUAGACCAUUAUAUUGAACGUGUACAGAAGCUGCUACAGGAGCAACAGAUGCUUCUUGCUGAGAAUUACAGUGAACUGGCAGAGACCUUUGGAGAACCUUAUUCACAGAUUGGCUCUCUCAACUCUCAACUUAUCAGCACACUGACUUCUCUUAACUCUGUAAUGAAGUAUGGUAGCAGCGAAGAACUGCAGAGCUCCGAUACCAAGAGGAGUUCUAUGGAACUGGAUUCUAUUCCUGGAGCAAAUUUGGAUUGCACAUCCCAAACUCAGUUUGUGAAUGAAUACACAACUUCAUUCUCUCGAACAGUUGAUGUUCAUCAUAAAUCUGACAUCACGCUAAGUAUGGCACAAGGUACAGACAAGCCGUCAAUGGCUCUAACAGCUGGCCCCGUGACUGCCUCAAGAUUGACGAAAGGAAACACGUUAUCCGAUACCCUUGAAAACACUAGCAGCCAGAAUAAGCUAAAGUCUAUCAUGAAAAGAAAGGAUGAAAGAAAUGAAACUUCCAACACUAAGAAAAAUCUUCAGUUUGUUGGUAUAAAUGGCGGGUAUGAAACUACAUCAAGUGAUGAGUCAAGUUCAGAAGAAAGCUCAUCUACAGAGUCAGAUGAUGAAGAAGAAAUCUUCAAUGAGGAGUCUGAGGAGAUCUACUAUGGUGUGGCAAGUGGACGUAAAGGAGUUGUGGGUUCUCCAAGCAACAAAGAGAAGAAUGAUAAGAAUUUUGAGGAGAAAGAGCCUGAGAAGGUUGAAAUUAGAGAAAGAUAUGAGUUAAGUGAGAAGAUGCUGUCAGCAUGCAAUAUUUUAAAGGAUGCUGUGGAUGACCCAAAGGCGUUGGCAAACAAGGAUGUGAGACUGUGUUUGAAUACCAUACAAAACGAGUGGUUCCGCGUGUCAAGUCAGAAGUCGGCCUUACCAUCAAUGGUUGAAGAUUACAUCACUGCAUUUGCAGAGCUUUCCCCUGCUGCCCUGAGUUACAUCAUCAAUAUGGCCGAUGGCAACGGAAACACUGCCCUUCAUUAUAGCGUGUCUCACUCUAACUUUGACAUUGUGAAGCUACUGCUGGAUGCAGAUGUGUGCAAUGUUAACCACCAGAACAAGGCUGGGUACACCCCCAUCAUGCUCGCUGCCCUAGCUGCCGUGGAAGCAGCCAAGGACAUGAGGGUAGUGGAAGAGCUGUUCGGUUCCGGAGAUGUAAAUGCCAAAGCUAGUCAGGCAGGCCAAACGGCUCUGAUGCUUGCUGUAAGCCACGGACGGAUAGAUAUGGUGAAAGCUCUCCUGGUAUGUGGAGCAGAUGUUAAUAUACAGGACGAUGAAGGCUCCACAGCGUUGAUGUGUGCGAGUGAACAUGGGCACGUGGAGAUAGUCAAACUGCUACUGGCUCAACCUGGUUGCAAUGCAGCCUUGGAGGACAAUGAUGGCAGUUCAGCCUUGUCCAUUGCCCUGGAUGCAGGUCAUAAAGAUAUUGCUGUUUUGCUCUAUGCACAUGUCAAUUUCUCUAAAGCACAGUCACCGGGUACACCCCGAUUGAGCAGGAAGCUUCCACCCAGUCCAACACAGAGGAGCCCAUUUGAUAAUUGAUACUGAAGAGACGUGAAAGAACAUUUAUUUAUUGAAUUUUUUUGCCACCAACCAGCUGCUGCUUACUGUAAUUUUUGGCGACAGAUACUGAAUGUACAUGUCUUGUGCUUGAAUGCACCAGCAGGUUAAAGCAAUAUAUAAAUACAUAUAUGUAUAUUGAAGAAAAAAAACAAACUUCUCAAACUGGAACUAAGCAAUAUCGUCUCAACUGUGCCUCUUCAUCUGGGCCGUAUGAUGGACAAACUUUCUUAUGGACACAAGCCUCCCAGGACUUUUUAUCAAACAUGACUUAAAGCUGAGUGUGUUUGUAAGCGGAGAUAUGUGCCAUAGUGCCUGCUGCAUUGGCCAAGCUAAAGGUUCACUAUUUAUGUGUAUGUAUCGGUAUCACUUGUGUAUGUUCUUCCUCUUACCCCUCUAAGAUGGUCUAAUAUCCAGAAGUGUGUCCUUCAACUGCCGUUGGACUACAGAAUUCGGUGGAGGUUGCUGGCUUAAAAGUAUUGGGUGGCAACUAGGUGCUGUUCCAUCCUCAAAGAAAUAUGUUUGGCAUUUGUGCUUGCCGACUGUUAUUUUUGAUGUAACGUGGAAAAAAGAGCUCAGUAGAUCUGAACGGACUAAGAGAUAAGCGGCAUCUUAAGAAUUUGGGAGUAUUAUCUAUAACUUUUAUAUUGAAGAGUAUAAUAUCUACAAAUGUUAGGUAAUUCAGUGUUUCCUGCAUAUAUUUUAUAAUCUGGAAGAUAAGAAGGUACAUGUACUAUGCCUAUAUUUUUUAAAUUUGUGUAGUUCUCUGUAUUUUUAAAAAAAAAAACAGGUUGCUUUGGCCACCAGUUACAGUAUACGUUCCUGGCCUUUAAUCCUAACCAGAUGUUGACGUCUAUGCAUAUUUAUAUAAUAAUAAUCUGUUGCUUUUCAAAUUUUAUGUUUUUAAGUGUUUGAAGUGCCUUAGACUCUUGCCAUAUUUUCUCAAUAAACUGUUAUCUU